CCAACAUUUUGCUGUUACUAUCAGAUAAGAGUCCUUUCAUUUCCUGUGAUGUUUAGAUCAACGACAAGUACUAAUCGAAAUGGACAUACCAAUCACAGAAUCUCGCAACCCAAUUACUACUAAAAUCGAUGUAGCAUCAACUGAUGAUAUUGUAAAGAAACUACACGAAUGUGACCGAGAAAUAUUCAAUGGUUGGAACCGAUACAAGGGUUUAUUUCACCCAGAAACAAUAUCCACAAUACGACAGAUAUCGGAAGUAGCAGUUGAUAUCAUGAAGAAGCCUGAAGGUAUGAUAGUUCUAAGUGGAUGUGGCACAUCAGGAAGAAUUGCAUUUCUUAUAGCUAGAAAUUUCAACGAAGUACUUCGAAACUUAGGAAGAGAGCAAUGUUUCAGAUACCUCAUUGCAGGGAGAGAUAAAGCAUUAUUUACUUCACAAGAAGCACCCGAGGAUGACCCGCAAUGUGGAAUAGAAAUGUUGAAAGAGGCAACAACAGGUAGAAAUCGAGUGUUGUUUAUUGGAAUUACGUGUGGCCUGUCUGCUCCCUUUGUUGCAGGACAGUUGUGUCAUUGUAUGGAGAAUAUAAACAUCUUUACACCCGUACUCCUCGGAUUUAAUCCGUGUAACCUAGCUAGGAACAUCAAGAUCGAGAAAUGGGAUAAAACAUUUUUGCAAGUUGUGAGACUUCUGGAGGACAAAGUGGCAGAAAGCAAAGCUUACAUACUUAACCCUGUUGUAGGGCCAGAACAAAUUACUGGGUCUAGUAGGAUGAAGAGUGGUACAGCUACUAAAAUAUUGCUGGAGACCAUUUUUGUUUCGUGUAUAAAAGCAACUGAAAAUAUUCCAAGUAAUAUAGAAGCACAUUUAAAGUCUUGCCAAGAUUUGUGUGAAGUGGUAUACAAAGAAACUUCUUCCAUUUCUAAGCUUGUACAACUUGCUGGUAACAGUUUGAAAGCUGGAGGUAGCAUGUCUUACAUUGGAUGGGACAGUUUGGGAGUUAUGGGUAUGAUAGAUGCCUCAGAAUGUCCACCUACCUAUGGGGCAUCAUUAAGUGACAUUCGUGGAUUUGUAGAUACGGGAUACAAGUUAUUAAAUAAUCAUGAAGGAGAUCUAUCACCUAUGGGAAAAUACUAUAGAAUUUCAAUUGAAGAAUUCCAAAGUGAUGUUUUACCUGGUUUAAUGGAAUCUGACUUGGUUAUAUUACUUAUGAAAGAUGAAUCCUGUUCAGUGGCAGAUAUCUUAUGGAAUUCAACAUGCAAAAAAGCUUGUAUCUGUUUCAACUCUGAAGAAAAGAUUCAGCAAGAUAGAUUGGACUGUAUAGUGUCCAUAGAUUUAUCUAGUCUUACAACAGAACCAUUAGGUGAUCAGCAUUAUAAAUAUUGGGCACAGCUUUAUAAAGAACUUUCAACAAAAUGGAUACUGAAUGCUGUCACUACUGGAGCACAUAUUCUUAAAGGCAAAGUGUAUCAGAACAUUAUGGUCGAUUUGAAAGUCAGCAAUAAUAAACUAUUCUUCAGAGCUGUUGGCAUUAUACAAAAUUUUUCAAAUUUGCCGAAAGAUGUGUGCCAGGAAUACCUAUUGAAAUCAAUCUACAUGACAGAUGAUUUGUCUGAGGACCUAAAAUCUCUUCAAGUCAAGGAUCAUAUUGUCAAAGCCACAUCUAUGGAGAAGGUAGUCCCUACAGCAUUAGUAGCAGCCAUCUUGAAAUGUAAAAUUGAUGAUGCCAGACAAUUAUUGUCACAACAUCAUGUCAUCCGGACUGCCAUAGCAGAUAUUCUUAAUAACAGACCUACAUGAUCAUCUUUCUUGUUAACUUGCAUAUAAUACAGAAAGAAAAUCAAACAUCA